AUGCACAUGCAACUCUUACGUACAAACAUGGUCAUCAUGUUCGACCGGACCGACUACGGCCCCUCCAACAUCUCCCUCCCUGACCGCCAAUGCCGGCAUGACCCCAACGACACCUUGCUCAAAGUAGACUGCACGGCUCACUCCAUCCUCUACGACAUCGGCACCAACACACUCCGGCCCCUAACCGUACAAACCGACACGUGGUGCUCCUCCGGCGCCGUCUUCCCCGACGGAACCCUAGUCCAGACGGGCGGCUACAACGACGGCGACCACGUGGUCCGCACGUUCACUCCAUGCACGGGCGACAAUUGUGAUUGGCUCGAAUUCCCAAAUUACUUGGUACAACGUAGAUGGUACGCUAGCAACCAAAUAUUACCUGACGGUCGUAUAAUCAUUGUCGGAGGCAGACGACAAUUCAACUACGAAUUCUACCCGCGCAAUUUCCAAAACCCUCCUCGCACUUUCUGGCUCGAUAUUUUGAGACAAACAAAGGACCAAGACGAGAACAACUUGUACCCAUUUCUCCACCUCUUACCAGAUGGGAACUUGUUCAUUUUCGCAAAUACCAAAUCAAUACUCUUCAACUACAACCAAAAUGUCGUCGUUAGAGAGUUCCCCGAAAUACCCGGUGGCGAGCCUCGUAAUUAUCCAAGCACCGGCUCCUCGGUGCUGCUCCCGUUGGACGAAAACAAACCCGCCAAUGUAAACAUUGAAGCCGAGAUAAUGGUCUGCGGCGGAGCGCCGCGCAACUCGUUCGUGCUCGCUUCCCGUGGAGAGUUUAUCGAUGCACUCGGCACGUGCGGGCGGCUCAAGGUGAGUGACCAAAACCCCUACUGGGUAAUGGAGGAAAUGCCGGUUCCCCGAGUCAUGGCCGAUAUGCUUCUUUUACCAACCGGAGACGUCGUUAUCAUAAACGGCGCCGCACUAGGCACGGCCGGAUGGGAAUACGGGCGUGACCCAGUAACCAAACCGGUCAUAUAUCGGCCGUCGGAGAAUCCGAACAGGCGUUUUUCGGUCAUGGCCGGUUCGCAGAGACCGAGACUUUACCAUUCCGCUGCUGUUUUGGUACCGGAUGGCCGGGUCUUAGUCGGCGGAAGCAACCCGCAUGUUUACUAUAACUUUACCUGCGUCGAGUACCCGACGGAUCUUAGUCUGGAGGCCUUUUCUCCUCCUUCUUUUCGGUUGCGUUCGCCGUGCCCGAGUUGUUGUCUGUGA